AUGGUUCAGUUUUACGCCGAUUCCACAUUGCAGAAGCACCACAAUCAUGCCUUCCAGACAGUACCGAUAACUAACCAGGAUACUGUUCUUCCCCCAGGACUGGACACGAAAACAUUUGAGCGAGUCCUCGUGAAGUUGCGCGAGGUUGUAGGCGAUGACAAUGUGGCAGUGGGUGAGGGGCUGCGCGACUUUCGCGACCCGUAUCCCCUGCAGGUUGACGAAAAUCAGCCCUCGGCAGCCGCGUGCCCGAUAUCUGUCGAGCAAAUUCAAGGCAUUCUUCGGAUUGCAAAUGAUUUUAGUGUUCCGAUAUGGGUGUGUUCACAAGGUAAGAAUUUCGGGUAUGGUGGCCCAGCGCCCAGGCAGUCAGGCUCGCUCGUGGUAUCGCUGCAUCGCAUGAAUCGCAUCCUCGAGGUCAAUGAAAAGUUUGCCUAUGUGCUCGUAGAGCCUGGGGUGACCUUCUUCGAGCUUCACGGUUAUUUGAAAGCCCGAAAGAUUCCAUUAUGGGUUGGUGCACCUGCUCUUGGUUGGGGUAGUGUACUUGGUAACACCGUCGACCGUGGAAUUGGGUAUACCAUAUCAGGAGACCGCCAUCGUGAUAUUCGCAGCCUCGAGGCUGUACUUCCUUCGGGCGAGAUACUGCGCACCGGGCAGUGGGCGGUGAAUAAUUCACCAAGCGCACACGUCUGCAAUAACAAUUUCGGACCCCAAAUCGAUGGCCUUUUCCUACAAACAAAUCUCGGCAUCGUUACAAAGUUGGCCGUCGGCGUAGAUCUUGCCCCACCAGCCUUCAUGAAUAUCAAAUUACAUGGACCCCAAGUCGAGGAUCUGGGUCCUAUCGUCGACUCUAUGCAGCAGCUGUGGCUCGAGGGCGUUUUACAAAACCAUGGUAUGAUCACGAACAUCAACCAUUUCGCAUCGCACGACUUGCCAAAACAUGCGCACCAGAAAGAGGAGGGUCCCUUGUUGCCAGAUACCAUUACCAAACUGAAGGAGAAAUAUCGCACCGGCUACUGGAGGGCUUCCUUCGAUCUCUACGGUACACCAGAAAUAAUCAAUGCUCGGCUUGCAAGAGUCAAGGCCGUAUUUGCCACCCAUACCCCGGACCUAGACCUUGAAACUACUUUCUUCGAAGGUAAAGAUGGAGGUCCUGUCGAUGCUUUGGACGUUGGCACUCUCAGUGCUGGUGUGCCGACAAUGGUGCCGGUGAAAUUAGCCGACUACAACCUGCCUGCUGAUAACUCUGGUGCUGGUGGUCAUAUCGACACAACCUUGAUCUUGCCAGCCGACGGUAAGACUGUAGUUGAUUGGUUUGCCCAGGCGAAGAAGAUUAUGGAGGACGAGGGCGUUGAUCCGUUCAUCGGCUGCCAUGUCUUCCGUCACUAUAUUCUGUUUGUGCAGGAGUAUGUCUUUGACAAGACACAAGCCACUCACCGUGAGCGAGGCCUUAGAGUUGUCAAAUCCCUUCUUUCUGCUGCAAAAGCAGCUGGGUUUGCCAAUUACAGAUCACACGUUCAGAAUAUGGGUCAGUACGAUGGUGCUGUUAUUGUAAGCUUUGUGCUGACGCUACCAGAUGGCAUACAAGACUUAUAUAGUUACAAUGACCAUGCAUAUCGUCGCUUUGUCGAGACUUUGAAACAAGCAAUCGAUCCAAAGGGUAUAGUCGCUCCGGGCAAGCAAGGUAUCUGGCCACAACGGACUCUCGGGAAGGCGGCCAGAGGAGAGCCCGAGAAACCCAGCACUCCGUGA